AUGCGCAAGAGUCGCCGGCGCGAGGUCCGACGCUGGUGCGGGUCCCGAGACCUGUGGAAAGCAACGAUGAGCAGAGCACUCAUCUUCAUGGGCCUUAAGGACCUGGAUUUUAUCGACACUCCAAGCCCGACAGUCCCGCUGAGCGAGACCAAUGCGGAGGCAUGGUCCGGCAUUCUCGACAAAUAUUAUGAAGCCUUAGAUAAUGCCAGCUCCCAAGGGACAACCGCAUCCCAGGAUCCACGAGAUCGGGUUAAUCUCUUGCUUGACUCGGAUUCGCCAUUCUUGGAGCUAUGCGCGCUGGCAGGCCAUGACAUGGAGGAUUCAUCCGCCUCUGCAUCGCUGGUAGCUGGGAUUGGCAAAGUUUGUGGAAGAAUGUGCUUGAUCCUGUCGCAUAUCCCAACCUUGAGUGGCGGUGCCUGGAAUGAACUCACAGUCUUGAAGCAGAACCGCGUCACUCAGAUUGCAACCGAAUGCGACCUACCAAUGAUUGGGUUGGUCCAGUCAGCCGGCGUCUUCCUCCCACAGCAGUUCAGGGUAUUCCACAAGGGUGGGCAAAUCUUCAGAGAUUUGGCAAUUCGGAGUGCUCAGGGCAAGCCUAAUUGUACAGUUGUCUUCGGCUCCUCUACUGCCGGGGGUGCAUACCACCCUGCCAUGUCUGACUACACGAUAUUCGUAGAGAAUCAAGCACAGGUGUUCCUAGGCGGCCCUCCUCUAGUCAAGAUGGCGACAGGAGAGAUUGUAGAUGCGGAAACGCUAGGAGGGGCCAAGAUGCACGCCACAGUGACGGGUCUUGCCGAUCAGAUCGCUACAGACGAGUUCGACGCAAUCCGAAAGGCGCGAGACUGGGUGAAGACAUUAAAGGCUCCCGUUUCAGAGCCGGCAGUUACCAAAUCACUCCCACCGAGAUACUCACCUGCAGAGCUGUUGCAGGUUGUUGAUCCUGAUAUCCGCAAAGCUCUCAACAUGCGCGAAGUCAUUCUCAGAGUGGUCGAUGACUCUCGGUGGCUCGACUAUAAGCCGACUUACGGACGAAAUUUGAUCACGGCAUGGGCAGACAUCCACGGUACGGUAUACGACCCUGAAGCCACCGGGUGGGUAUUGUUGCAAACCAAGUUCCAGUCAUAA